AAAAAAGGGAGAGAGAGAGAGACGGGGGGAGGGGAAGACGAAACAGGCGAAAAAACGGGAAGCGAGGCGAAGGGCGCCACGGGAUUGGAGAAGACGGGAAAAGGAGAGGAGAGAGGUGGAGCGAAAUCUAGUGGGUAGGGUCAAGAGAGAGAGGGAGGGGAUUGGAAACAAAAGAGGCUCCUGUCAUUCUCUUCCUUUCCGUUAAAUGUUCUGCUUAGAUCCCUAAUCUUCAUUUCCUAUCCUUCAUCAAUCUUUUCAGAUUUUUGAUCUCGAUUUCCCAUCUCUGUUUCCUCCAUUGUUGUCUAGAUAUUUCUAAGCAGUUAUCAUGGAGGAUUUUUAUUCUUUCUGCUGUCCUCUUUGUUUUCUAAUGAGAUCUGUUUGGGUUUUUGGUGGUUCGCUUUGUUGAUCGUUAAUUUUGGUGGUCUUUUCGCGGAUGGUUGGUUGUAAUGGUUUUUUGGAGGUGGAUCUGAUCAUCUUUUUUCGGAUUUUUAGAGGGUUUUUUUGAGGACAUUAGAAAGUAGUGGCGGAGGAAAAUAGAUUAAAGAAAGGCAAAAGAAAUAGGGAGAGAAGAUUCCAUUCAAUCCCCAUUGUCUCUGCGCUUGGAGAGGGCCCAACGAAUCUGCUUUUUUUUUUUUUUUUUUUUUUGCUUUGGUUUUCCUCCUUUUUCUUUUGGGGUUGAAUAGAAAUUUGCCUUUGAGGAAUUUUGCCAGUCCACCAACGUCGAGAGGUUUUCUUCGGAGGGGCUGACUUGGGGGUGGUUGUCGUCGUCGUCCGCGUCGGCGGGCGGGGAGGGCAAGGCUUGGUGGCGGCGGGGGAAGGAAAGGGGGUAUCGACGGAUCCGCCGGAGGGAGGAAACGGGGGGCUCGGCUGCCUGGCUGGUUUGGAGUGCAUACUGGAUAUAAUCAGGGCCCUCCGGAUGGGGUCCUGCCUGUCGUCGGACGGGUGGAGCAGCUCGUCGGAGCCGUCGACCCCGUCGUCGCCCACGUCAGGGGUCAAGCGGCCCCGCAAGGCGGCGUCGCGGAGGCGGCAGGGCCCCCGGAUCUCUUCCUUCGAACAGCUCCACCGGAUCCCUGGGAGGAUGUUCCUUAACGGGGCCAGCAGCGUCGCAUCUCUCUUUACGCAGCAGGGCAAGAAGGGGACCAACCAGGAUGCCAUGAUUGUGUGGGAGAAUUUUGGUUCGAGAGCAGACACAGUCUUUUGUGGGGUUUUUGAUGGUCAUGGACCGUAUGGCCACAUGGUUGCAAGGAAAGUAAGAGAUUCUCUGCCUCUGAAGCUGAGUACUCAUCUGGAAGUAAACGUAGGAAGUGAUGAUUGUAGAGAGGGCAGUAUUAUUAGCCAUUCAGGAAGCAUGAAUUCAGAAGAAACUUCAUCUAUAUGCCUGGAUGAGGGGUCCGGGGUUUCCACUGAUAUUGAAGAGAAAGAUAAGCAUCCAGAGAUCUUUAUGACACUGAAAGAGUCAUUUGUGAAGGCUUUCAAAGUUAUGGAUAAAGAACUGAAACUGCAUCCAAAUAUUAAUUGCUUUUGCAGUGGGACAACAGCAGUCACCAUGGUCAAACAGGGUGAAGAUCUUGUAAUUGGGAACGUGGGGGACUCAAGAGCUGUGCUGGGUACUAGAGAUAAGAAUGACUGCUUGAUUGCAGUUCAGUUGACUGUGGACCUUAAACCUAAUCUACCAAGGGAAGCGGAGAGAAUCAGGAAAUGUAAGGGUCGUGUUUUUGCUCUUCAGGAUGAGCCAGGGGUGGCUCGGGUUUGGCUGCCGAACAGUAACUCCCCGGGCUUGGCAAUGGCACGAGCUUUUGGAGAUUUUUGUCUGAAGGAUUUUGGUUUAAUUUCUGUGCCUGAAGUUUCAUACAGGCGCGUUACUGAAAGGGAUGAGUUCAUUGUGCUGGCCACAGAUGGGGUGUGGGAUGUCUUGUCUAACAAAGAAGUGGUUGACAUUGUCGCCUCUACUCCUGCUCGGUCCUCCGCAGCUCGUUCCCUUGUUGAGUCAGCAGUCCGAGCCUGGAGGCUCAAAUACCCAACCUCCAAAAUUGAUGAUUGUGCGGUAGUCUGCCUAUUCCUGAAUGCAGAUGCACCCAAUAAUUCUUCCAACCUCAAGACCAAAGUGAGUGGAUCAGCUGAUUCUAUGGGAACUGCCAGAGGCAAACAAGAGCCAUAUACUCCAAGUAGCGUGGAUCAUUCUGGCACCAUCCAAUCUGGUUCUGAGAUCCUUGCAGAUGAUGAUAAUGAAGGCACCAAGAAACAAUUGUCUAGAUCUCGGUCAUGUCAACAGCCCGCUGAUGGUGAUGCCACCGUAAUGGAGGGUGAUGAACGGUCUGCUCUGGAGGGUGUAUCUCGAGUGAAUACCGUGUUAACCCUGCCAAGGUUUGUUGCAGGGGUGCAGCCUCCUGCAAGCACCAAGACUCAAAAAUGAGCUUGACUGAUUGGCUGAGCUAGUCUUUGUGGGCUGAUGGAAGAUGCCUGCAGUGGGUACUCCUUUAUCUAUUGUUUUGUGAGGAGAGCAAUGCCGGCUUUAUUAGCAUGUCCGGGUCUCUCCAUGAAUUCCAUAUUCCGGCAUGAGUAGGAUUGCAGUUUUUGUAAAAUCCCAACUCAGUUAGUGUUAUUUGUUAUAAUUAUUGUGUUCAUAAUAAUUUUGUCAUUAAGGAGAUCUAUACAUCACUUAGAAGUCCCUCUUUUGUAUUCUUUGAUCUUCUCAUGUCAAAGUACUGUUUCUUAUUUGUUCAUCUAUUUAUUGAUUUAUUUUAUUGCUUGCA